AUGGCACGUACCAAGCAGACCGCCCGCAAGUCCACCGGUGGCAAAGCCCCCCGCAAGCAACUUGCAACCAAAGCUGCGCGCAAGUCCGCCCCGACAGCUGGUGGCGUCAAGAAGCCGCACCGCUACCGUCCGGGCACGGUCGCUCUGCGGGAGAUCCGCAAGUACCAAAAGUCGACGGACCUGUUGAUCCGCAAAUUGCCCUUCCAGCGCCUCGUGCGGGAGAUUGCGCAGGACUACAAGACGGACUUGCGCUUCCAAAGCACGGCCAUUCUGGCCUUGCAAGAGGCGUCGGAAGCCUACCUGGUGGGCCUCUUUGAGGACACGAAUUUGUGCGCGAUUCACGCGAAACGCGUCACGAUCAUGCCCAAGGACAUUCAAUUGGCGCGGCGCAUUCGCGGCGAGCGCACCAACUCGAGUCUCUGCUUCACCCGUGGCCCCAACCGCGUCGUAAUAACGGCACGAGUCACUUGUCUAGAACCCGCUGCAAAUCCCACUUUUCAGCCAGCUGCAAAGAAUGCACUUCACGCCUAUGUGUGA